UUUAAGGUAUACACGGAGUUUUAAUAUUUUUGUAAUGUAAUAUCGGUGUACUCCUAUUGUUAUUGAACUCAAAAAAUAAUUAAAUCGAUACAUAUCCACCGAACACUACGAACGAAAAGUACCGCAAGUUCAGUUUGAUAUCAAUUUCACAUUUCGAGUAUUGAAAAUGCCGUUGAAGUUGGACAUCAAGAGGAAACUCACGGCCAGGUCUGACCGCGUCAAGUGCGUCGACCAACACCCGGCGGAACCCUGGCUUCUGUGCUCGACCUAUGGCGGCGACGUGAACAUCUGGAACUAUGAGACACAGACGCAGAUCAAGAGAUUCGAGGUUUGCGACCUGCCGGUGCGUGCUGCGAAGUUCGUGUCCAGGAAGAACUGGGUGGUCACCGGCUCGGAUGACAUGCAGAUAAGAGUGUUUAACUAUAACACUUUGGAGCGAGUCCACGCUUUCGAGGCGCACUCAGAUUACUUGCGAUGCAUUGUCGUCCACCCCACACAGCCAUACAUUCUCACUUGUAGCGAUGAUCUGCUGAUUAAGCUGUGGAAUUGGGAGCGGAACUGGACUUGCCAGCAAGUGUUUGAAGGCCACACACAUUAUGUCAUGCAAAUUGUCAUAAACCCCAAGGACAAUAACACAUUUGCUAGUGCCAGUCUCGACACCACUGUGAAGGUGUGGCAGCUGGGCUCGUCAAUCUCAAACUUCACACUAGCGGGCCACGAGAAGGGUGUGAACUGUGUUGACUAUUACAACGGCGGAGACAAGCCUUACAUCAUCAGUGGAGCGGAUGACCGCCUCAUCAAAAUCUGGGAUUAUCAGAAUAAAACUUGCGUUCAGACAUUAGAAGGUCAUGUCCAAAAUGUCACAGCAGUGUCAUUCCAUCCAGAGUUGCCAAUCCUGCUCACUGGAUCUGAAGAUGGCACAGUUAGAAUUUGGCAUGCUGGCACAUAUAGACUGGAGUCAUCUCUCAAUUAUGGCUUUGAGCGUGUAUGGACUAUUUCAACCAUGCACGGCUCAAACAAUGUUGCUGUUGGUUAUGACGAAGGAACAAUAAUGAUAAAGGUGGGCAGGGAAGAACCAGCAAUAUCUAUGGAUGUCAAUGGAGGCAAAAUCAUAUGGGCAAAGCACUCUGAAAUGCAACAGGUCAACCUGAAAGCUUUGCCAGAGGGCACAGAAAUAAGAGAUGGUGAAUGUGUCCCCUUAGUAGCUAAAGAUAUGGGAGCCUGUGAGAUAUACCCACAGACUAUAGCGCACAAUCCUAAUGGACGGUUUGUGGUGGUUUGUGGUGAUGGUGAAUACAUCAUAUACACAGCCAUGGCACUCAGGAACAAGGCAUUCGGAACAGCCCAGGAAUUUGUGUGGGCUCUGGACAGUUCAGAAUAUGCCACUUUGGAGAAUUCCAACACCAUAAAAGUAUUCAAGAACUUCAAAGAAAUAAAGAGUUUCAAGCCGGCAUAUGGAGCUGAAGGAAUCUUCGGUGGCUUCAUGCUAGGUGUAAAGUCCAUCAGCGGGAUGGCCUUUUCCUUCUAUGACUGGGAACAACUAGAGCUAAUUAGAAGGAUUGAAAUACAACCCCGACAUGUUUUCUGGUCAGAGACUGGCACACUGGUGUGCCUGGCGACCGACGAGGUGUACUAUGUACUGAAGUACAAUGCGGACGUAGUCGCACGCGCCAGAGAAUCUAAUGCGAAUAUCACAGAAGACGGCAUUGAGGAUGCUUUCGAGGUAGUGGGAGAAGUAAAUGAAACUGUAAAAACUGGCCUGUGGAUCGGCGACUGCUUCAUUUAUACUAACUCACUGAACAGGAUCAGCUACUAUGUGGGUGGAGAGAUUGUCACCAUAUCCCACCUUGACCACACUAUGUACAUUCUCGGUUAUGUUGCAAAAGAAAAUAGAUUAUACUUGAACGACAAGGAGUUAAACAUUGUAUCAUACUCCCUACUGCUAUCAGUGUUAGAAUACCAAACAGCAGUGAUGCGCGGCGACUUCGAGACUGCAGACCGCGUGUUGCCGACUGUGCCGCACGACCAUCGCACCCGGGUUGCACACUUCCUGGAAAAGCAGGGCUUCAAGCAGCAAGCACUUGCUGUAUCGACUGAACCGGAACAUCAGUUCGAGUUGGCGCUCGGGCUAGGCGAGCUGAAGCGUGCGAUGCAACUGGCCGAAGACGCGUCAGCCGCCGAAGGCGGAGACGCGGCCGCCCGCUGGUCGCGCCUCGGCGCUGCGGCCGCCGCCGCCGCGGACGUCGAACUUAGCAAAAUAUGCUACCAGAAGGCGCAUGACUACAGCGCUCUAUUGUUAGUCGCGGUCAGCACCGGCGACAAGAAGCUGCUGUCAGACUUGGCGCUCGAGGCCGCGCAGGCGGGAGACGACAACAUCGCAUUCGUAGCGUACCUCUCCCUCAAUGACCUCGACGCGUGCCUUCAGCUGCUCAUCAGCAGAGGAAAACUGCCAGAAGCCGCAUUCUUCGCCAGAUCGUACAUUCCUUCCAAAAUCAACGAAGUGGUCAAGCUGUGGCGGGAGGCAGUCAGCGCGACAAACGUAAAGUCCGGACAGUCGCUCGCCGAUCCAGAAAAAUACGAAAACCUUUUCCCGGAAUAUUCGGAAUCCCUACGUUUAGAAAAAUUUCAAAGAGAAUUUGGUCAUGCAUACCACUCAAAUCUAAGUAAUGUACCGAAUAACUCCAAAGUAUGUAAUGUAGACAGGGACCUGGCAGAAGAGAUGUCAGAACUGAGUGCAUUGUGGUCCGAUGCGACACCAAUUAUUACAAACGAUAUCAGUAAAAGCUCAGAGCCUCAAAACGAAAUGCCAGAUAAAAAACGCAAAGAUUCUCUUGACAGUAUGGAAGAGAUCGAUCGGGAGAUCAAUGAGAUGACUCUUGAUGGAGAAGAGUUAAACUUGUCAGAUGAAGACAAUUUGAUUGAUUAAUCGCAUUGCAUUCUUUAUUUUCUAUUAUCAAUAUUUUUUCUAUUUAGUUCUUUUUCCACUAAACCUAUAAGUAGUAAUAAGUACAUAUGUUAAAAAACAGAUUCUUAUUGUAAUUUGAUUUCAAGUAGAUAUUGUAUUAAACAGUGUAUUUAUAUUAAACGAAAGUUCAAUAAAUAAAGUUAUAUUCUAA